GUCAGUGUUUAAGAUGAACAUAUACUUGUUGUUAGACUCAUUAAUUCUUCCAAUAGUACCUUAAGAGGAGAUGACUAACGUGUGUUACUUGUCUUUGGGUUUUCUUUUCCAGCAGCUCCUGUGUUUGGCUGCAGAAACAGAUCUACUGCAACACAUGAGAAGACUUGCUUCCUGUACUAUGGUACAUAAAACUCAGGACAUGCUUGGUCUGGAAUUGCUCAAAGAGUUUUUAGAAUAUGACUAUGGUCUUAAGCUCCAGCAGGAAUGUAACACAGAAGGUCCAAAUGUCAGGAAAGUUGUGGAAGAAGCUCCUUGGAGGUCUAUAACGGAUCCUUCUGAGCAAUUAAAUCCACAACAUAUUCAGUCAGUAGAGAAUUCAGCUGUUCUUCUAAAACUACUGAGAAAUUGCCAGCUCAAAGGAAAAGAUGCAGCAGCUGUCAUUGAAUUCCUUAGGAAGACUCUACUCAAUAAAUGGCCUGAUGGAGAGGAGGCAACCCAUGAAACUCCCAACAAGGAACAACUGAUUGAUGAUGGCUGUUGGUUUGCAUGUCAAAGGAUACAUCUACCAGAGCCUUUUCAGAAGAACUUAGAUAAGGACAAAGGAGGGGUGGAGCAAUCCAAUUUCACAGAUUUUAAAAAUCCAGAAGAACAAGCAAAGAAAGAAAAGAAACUAUUAACUGUUUUCAACUCCAUAAUGAUGUUACCUAAACUUCUUCGCGAGGAAGAGGAAGAAAUUCUAUUCCAGUCUUUACAAAAUAUGUCCACAGAAGAGAGAAAACUAUGUCUCAGUCAGCUUGGUCUUCUACAGAACAACGUCCAUAACCUAUUCAUUCCAGGACUAAGUGAGAGACCUUGUGGUCUCUGGACAGAGCCUAAACCCUUUAAAGUACAUCACAAGAAAAUCUUCACCAAGCCUGUGUCUCCUUUCUCUAAUGAUCGUACGUACAACAUCAAGUCUCUGAAGGAAAACUUCCACGUGUAUAAGAGUGAGAAAGAGCUGACACAGUUUAUCAAGGUCAAGCUACCUCAGUCUACUUGCAGGAGCCCUGAACAGGGCAUGCAGUCUGCAUCUUAAAAAAAAGUAAAGAACGGAAUUUAAAAGACUUUUUGAAACCUUGGGGGAGUGAAGCAAUAUUGCAGCAAAUGCAACAAUAGGGGUUGAGAAAACGGUGUCUGUCCCAUUCAGAACUAACAAAGGAGAGAUGACAGAAGAAGCAUUCUUGGUCCAUGAAGAAAUAGCCCAGCAAUUUAAAAUAAUUAAACAAGAAUUAACGGAAAGCUGGGAAGAAGUGUUAGAAAGGAAGUUGGCAGACCUGGGAACCAGAAUGGCUGCAGUGGAAACGACAGCUUCAGCAGCGUUUGAUCUGGCAGUAGCGCAAAAUGAGAAAAUCAAGCAGCUGAAGGUCUCAAAUGCUAAUUUAAAAUUAAAAAUGGCAGAUCUUGAUGACAGGAAUAGAAGAAUUAAUAUUCGAGUAAGGGAGAUAGCAGAAGAAUCAGAGAAUGGUGAUUUAAAAAAAUUAUCUUGCAAUGGCUAUCUUCACUUUAACCCCAUUUCCUGCUGGAGAUGGAGGAUCCAGAAACAGUACACAGAGCACUCGGUCCUAGAAGGAGAGACAACAAGUUCCCCAGAGAUAUAAUAAUUGAUUUUGUAAGAUAUGUAAAGAAAGAAGAAUUAUUGAAACAAUUGAGAUCUCUCAAAGAAGUUAAAUAUGAAAAUAAUGAAGUACUUAUCUGCGGAGACAUUGUCGUGGCGGAAAGUUCUGCACCCAUGUACUUUAUAGCUAUAGGAGCAGAGAAUAAAAUAUGUGUGAGGUUUCCCAUUUCAUCUUAUAGUCUCCCAUGACAGAAAAACAUUUAUAGCAACAACAAUUCGGGAAGUAUUGGAAAUCAUGAAAACACUUCAAUUAGAUUUGCCUGAAAUUAUAACAGACAGUAUGCUCAAGAAGAUGCAGAGGAAGAAGGAGUCUGGCAGAAAGUCUGAGGGAAAUCUUCUGUUAAGAAAAAAUUAAUUGCUCCUGCAGCAAGGAGAGACCCAACCUCAGACUAGAUCUCUUCAUCUGCUAUCAAGCAGGAGAAGGCAGACUUUGAGAGGGGUCUCUCUGUUCAUACCAUCUCAGGGGGUUGGAGACAGGAGUAUUUUGCAAAUCAGUACAGGGUUAUAUGAUUCUCUUUUGUCUGUUUGUUUUGGGAGGGGAAGCUUGUUAUUCUGCAGCAUCUGAAGGGUGAUUUUCUUUGAGGUGUGUUGCAUCCUCAUAGGUUUAUUGGCAGAUUUGUUUGCAGGUUCCUCAGGAGGUGUAAACGAGAAGAAUUUCACUGAUUGGGGUGAGGUUUGGAAUUUGCAACAUCAUGUUAAUGGUCACAGUGUAAGCUGUUGAAAGAUCA